CAGUCGUUCUCAGCGCGCUUUACAAACCCUCUACUGCCGUGAGAACUGCGCAUGGGAAUAACAUUAAUUUCCCCAAAAUGCAUCGCGAGCUGAAGCUCCUUCCUCUUUCCGCCAUAUUGCAGAACUGGCAUCAUGGUUCGCAUGAACGUUCUCGCCGAUGCGCUCAAAAGCAUCAACAAUGCGGAGAAACGUGGGAAACGCCAGGUGCUGAUCCGGCCGUGCUCUAAAGUCAUUGUGCGCUUCCUUACCGUCAUGAUGAAGCACGGCUACAUUGGCGAGUUCGAGAUUAUCGACGAUCACAGAGCUGGAAAAAUAGUUGUUAAUCUCACAGGCAGGCUGAACAAGUGUGGUGUCAUCAGCCCCCGAUUCGACCUGCAGCUUAAGGAUUUGGAGAAGUGGCAGAACAACCUCUUGCCUUCUCGACAGUUCGGGUACAUUGUGAUGACCACCUCAGCUGGCAUCAUGGACCAUGAAGAAGCCAGACGGAAACACACAGGAGGCAAAAUCCUUGGAUUCUUUUUCUAAAUGUGUACAGUCUUGCAAAUAAAACAAAUUCCAGUGGACCGUU